UGCCCCAUCAUUGGUGUCAGUGGGAGGAAUAGUGCCCCAUCAUUGGUGUCAGUGGGAGGAAUAGUGCCCCAUCAUUGGUAUCAUGGGAGGAAUAGUGCCCCAUCAUUAGUGUCAGUGGGGGGAAUAGUGCCCCAUCAUUGGUAUCACUGGGAGGAAUAGUGCCCCAUCGUUGGUGUCAGUGGGGGGAAUAGUGCCCCAUCAUUGGUAUCACUGGGAGGAAUAGUGCCCCAUCGUUGGUGUCAGUGGGAGGAAUAGUGCCCCAUCAUUAGUAUCAGUGACACCAAUGAUGCGGCACUAUUCCUCCCAAUGACACUUGCUGACCCCUGUUGCAGUAUGGUGCUGCUGCAGCCAGCAUAUGUG